AUGGAUGAUAUUGACCGAGCUCUACCCCAGGACGUCGAUGAGACACCCGACUAUACCGACUCCGACACCAACCCCAACACCACAGCCAGCAGCGUAGUUGGUGAGCCUCUCACAGACGGUAGGAAGCGACGCAGCGAGGCGAACCAAUUGCGUCGGAGCAUCUUCGGAAAGAAACAUGACCGCCUUGGAGAGUCAAAGGAAGAUGAUACCAUUCGAAGAUUCCGUUACCUGCUCGGUCUGACCGAUCUGUUCCGGCACUUUAUCGAGACGAAUCCCGACCCCAAGAUCCGCGAAAUCAUGGCCGAGAUCGACAAUCAGAACGCCGAAGCCGCGCGAGCCAAGAAGGGCGCCGGCAGAAAAGGAGGCGCUACGAGCGAAAGAAGGAGACGAACCGAAGCCGAAGAAGACGCGGAGCUCUUGAGCGAUGAGAAGCACGGCGGAUCCGCGGACACAGUCUUCAGAGAGUCGCCCUCCUUCAUCCAGGGUACCAUGAGGGACUACCAGGUGGCAGGUCUCAACUGGCUGAUUUCGCUGCAUGAAAACGGCAUUUCAGGCAUUUUGGCCGACGAAAUGGGCCUGGGAAAGACACUGCAGACCAUAUCCUUCUUGGGCUAUCUUCGCCACAUCAUGGGCAUUACUGGUCCCCAUCUUGUCACUGUGCCCAAGUCGACGCUCGAUAACUGGAAGCGAGAGUUUGCGAAAUGGACACCGGAGGUCAAUGUCCUGGUGCUCCAGGGUGCAAAGGAUGAGCGCCACGAGCUCAUCAACGAGCGCUUGGUCGACGAGAAGUUCGAUGUUUGCAUUACGAGCUAUGAAAUGGUCCUGAGGGAGAAGGCCCAUCUCAAGAAGUUCGCCUGGGAAUACAUCAUCAUCGACGAGGCUCAUCGUAUCAAGAACGAAGAGUCUUCCCUGUCGCAGGUCAUUAGACUCUUCAACUCCCGCAACCGACUCCUUAUCACAGGCACCCCUCUGCAGAACAACCUCCACGAACUCUGGGCUCUUCUCAACUUUCUUUUGCCCGACGUCUUUGGCGACGCCGACGCCUUUGAUCAAUGGUUUUCAGGACAAGAUCAAGAUCAGGACAAGGUUGUGCAGCAACUCCAUCGAGUUCUGCGCCCAUUCCUGCUCCGGCGUGUCAAGAGCGACGUGGAAAAGAGUCUUCUGCCAAAGAAGGAGAUCAAUGUGUACCUGGGCAUGUCUGAGAUGCAGGUCAAAUGGUACCAGAAAAUUCUGGAAAAGGAUAUCGAUGCGGUCAACGGCGCUGGAGGCAAGAGAGAGUCCAAGACGAGACUCCUCAACAUCGUGAUGCAGCUGCGAAAGUGCUGUAAUCACCCCUACCUCUUCGAAGGUGCCGAGCCGGGUCCUCCUUACACAACCGAUGAGCACUUGAUUUACAACGCUGGCAAGAUGAAGGUCCUGGACAAGCUGCUUGCCCGACUGCAGAAGCAGGGCAGCAGAGUCCUCAUCUUCUCUCAGAUGAGCCGACUACUGGACAUCCUGGAGGAUUACUGCGUGUUCAGACAGUACAAGUACUGCCGUAUUGAUGGUGGCACCGCGCACGAGGAUCGAAUUGCGGCCAUAGACGAAUACAACAAACCUGGGUCAGACAAGUUCGUCUUUCUGUUGACCACAAGAGCUGGUGGUUUGGGCAUCAACCUGACGACGGCCGACAUCGUCAUUCUCUACGAUAGCGAUUGGAACCCUCAGGCUGAUUUGCAGGCCAUGGAUCGCGCGCAUCGUAUUGGACAGACGAAGCAGGUUGUGGUGUACAGGUUUGUGACUGACAACGCCAUUGAAGAAAAGGUUCUCGAGCGAGCAGCCCAGAAGCUGCGACUCGACCAGGUCGUCAUUCAGCAGGGUCGCGCUCAGGUUGCCGCCAAGGCCGCUGCAAACAAGGACGAGCUCUUGUCCAUGAUUCAGCAUGGCGCUGAAAAGGUCUUCCAGUCCAAGGGCUCUACAGACGACGCGGCGAACAAGGAUAAGGAGCUCGAUGAUGAGGACAUUGAUGAAAUCCUGAGUCGAGGCGAGUCCCGUACCAAGGAGUUGAAUGCCAGAUACGAGAAACUUGGCAUUGAGGAUCUCCAGAAGUUCACAUCGGAAUCAGCCUAUGAGUGGAAUGGAGAGAAUUUCGCACAGGCAAAGAAGAACAUUGGCAUGAACUGGAUCAACCCCUCAAAGCGAGAGCGCAGAGAGCAGAGCUACUCUAUGGACAAGUACUUCCGGCAGGCCAUGUAUCCCAACCCCAAGACCGAGGUCAAGCCCAAGGCUCCCCGAGCGCCUAAGCAAGUACCGAUUCACGACUACCAAUUCUAUCCUCCCCGUCUGCAGGAGCUGCAGGACAGGGAGACUGCCUUCUACCGAAAGGAGAUUGGCUACAAGGUGCCACUGGCAGAUGGCGACGAGGAUACUCUAGAGGAGCGCGAAGCUGAGAGGGCACGCGAACAGCAAGAGAUUGAUAAUGCUACCGCGCUCACAGAGGAAGAACGAGCUGAAAAGGAAGAGCUAUCCGCCCAAGGGUUUGGCAACUGGAACCGCCGUGAUUUCCAGCAGUUCAUCAACGGGUCUGGAAAAUACGGUCGUACCGACUACCAAGGCAUCUCCAACGAGAUUGACAGCAAGACGACGGCGGAGAUCCGGGCUUAUGCCAAGGUGUUCUGGCAGCGGUACAAGGAAAUUGCCGACUGGCCCAAGUACAUCAAGAUUAUUGAGGACGGAGAAGAGCGCACCAGGCGCAUCGACCACCAGGGCAAGCUUCUUCGCAAGAAGAUGCAGCAGUAUCGAGUGCCUCUCCAGCAGCUCAAGAUCAACUACUCGGUGUCUACCACCAACAAGAAGGUCUAUACCGAAGAAGAGGACAGGUUUCUGCUGGUCCUCCUGGAUCGUUAUGGCAUCGACUCCGAGGGCUUGUAUGAGAAGAUGCGGGACGAUAUCCGCGAAUCCCCGCUGUUCCGCUUCGAUUGGUUCUUCCUCAGCCGCACGCCGAUCGAGCUGUCGCGACGAUGCAAUACGCUGCUCACGACUAUUGUGAAGGAGUUUGAGGACGGCCCCGCAGCUACUACCGGAAAGGCCUCCAAUGGGGUCAAUGGAAAGUCCAAGCGGGAGCCGGACGAGGACAAUGACGAGGACAGCAUUCUGAGCAUGGCACCGGCGAAGAAGAAGUCCAAGAACGGCGUCAAGAAUAAGACUCUUGAUAACGUCAAGUCAAAGUCUAGCAAACCUAGCUCAGCUUCUCCAUCCAGAGCCUCCAGCGUCGCUUCCAACACCAACUCCGUCGGCGGUGGCUCGUCCAAGAGCAAGAAGACCAAGACGCCGGUCAAGAAGAAGAAAUGA